CGUUCGUGAACUAGAAUGUCGUGUUCUGUUCUCUGUUAUCAUUACAAUUCUGCCGCAAAAUUGAUUUGAUUAUCAAUUUAUUAGUGAAAAUUUAUGCUGGAAAAUAUAUUUUGUCUAAUUGCAGUUUUGAAUGAAGCUUCACAAACAUGAAUGUUACUAAGUUUUUAAAUAUAACAAUUGUUCCACAAAACGUUAUAAGAAGACUAUCAUCUAAAAAAAUGUCUGCCAAACUAACUCCUGAAGAAAGAUCAACGAAAUUGGAACCUUUACUCUCGAACAAAUGGUCAUUGGUGGAAGGCCGUGAUGCAAUUAAGAAAGAAUUUGUUUUUAAAAAUUUCAAUGAAGCGUUUGGUUUCAUGACUAGAGUAGCAUUAUUAGCUGAAAAAAUGGAUCAUCAUCCUGAAUGGUUCAACGUUUACAAUAAAGUGCAAGUUACUCUUUCUUCUCAUGACGUGAAUGGUCUGAGUAAUCGCGAUGUGAAAUUAGCUUCGUUUAUGGAUACUGCCGAAAAAUCGUUCUCAAAUUAAUUCUAUAAAUUUGAUAUGCCUACUCACUCUCGAUUUAUUCUCUUUUGUUUACGGUCAAGUCCUGAGCACUUGUGUAAAUAAUGAUUUUAUUUGUAUGUAUUUAAGAAAACUUAUUGCCUUCCUAUAUGAUAUUUUUUUCUAUCUUAGUUACCUUUUACGACAAUAAUGGGAAACAAUAAAAAAAUGCUGCCUUUA